AUGUGGGGCCACUCACCAGAAGAGGCCCUGCGGCGCAGUGCCCAGGAUGUGCUCCCGGAUUCGCUGCACCACCGAGACGAAAGCCAGACGCCACUCCCGAACCAGACGACGGCCGAAGGCGGGUUGAGCGAGUCGGAGGUGUCGGGCGAGAUCACCAAGCAGCCGGCGACCCCUGAGAGAGAGGGAACAUGGGGCGAGCGCGAGGUGGGCGGGCCUGUAAGCCAGCGCGCGGCCAUGCACGACUUUGAGGAGCUCACCACCAAGCUCACGACGACACGCUCUCAUGCAGCAGCAUCACAGAAGUCGGCCAAGGGCACCGGCGCCGGCAAUUUCUUCCGUCGGAUUACGUCGCGGGCUAGCGCCGUGUCGAAGCGUCCGGAUGAAGAGGCGGUUGUCGGCGACGACGAGUCAGAGAUCGAGGACAGCACCACCGACACGGACGAGUUCCCGCUCGAGCAGUUCAUGCGGGACGGGCACCUCGAGAAGCGUACGGAGUCCGGCGAGUCAGCCAAGAAGGUGGCCGUGGUGUACAAGAACCUGACCGUUAAGGGCGUGGCCACGGGCGCGUCGUUCGUCCGCACUCUGCCGCAGGCUAUCGCGGGCACGUUCGGCCCGGACUUGUACGGCAUCUUCUGCUACUUCAUCCCGGCGCUGCGCAUCGGCGGCGGCGGCAACCUGCGCACACUGAUCCACGACUUCACCGGUGUCGUGCGCCACGGCGAGAUGAUGAUGGUGCUUGGUCGGCCCGGCAGCGGGUGCAGCACAUUCCUUAAGGUCAUCGCCAACAACCGCGAGACGUACGCAGCCGUCGAGGGCGAUGUGUCCUACAGCGGCAUCCCGGCCGCCGAAGCCCGCAAGCGCUACCGCGGCGAAGUCGUGUACAACGCCGAGGACGACCAGCACCUGCCGACGCUGACGGUGGGUCAGACGCUGCGGUUCUCGCUGCUCAACAAGACGCGCAAGAACCUCCGGGGUGAUCUCAACACCAUUGUCGACGCGCUCCUGCGCAUGUUUUCGAUCAAGCACACGGAGAACACACUCGUGGGUAACGCCUACGUGCGUGGUGUCUCUGGUGGAGAGCGGAAGCGGGUCAGCAUCGCCGAGACGUUGGCGACGAAGAGCACGAUCGUGUGCUGGGACAACUCGACACGGGGUCUGGAUGCGUCGACGGCGCUCGACUACGCCAAGUCGCUGCGUAUCAUGACGGACGUGUCGGACCGGACGACACUCACGACGCUGUACCAGGCUGGCGAGGGCAUCUACGAUCUCAUGGACAAGGUGCUGGUCAUCGACGAGGGUCGCAUGUUGUACCAGGGCCCGGCCAAGGAGGCGCGCCAGUACUUUGUCGACCUUGGCUUCUACGCACCCCCUCGACAGACAACGGCCGACUUCCUGACGUCCAUUUGCGACCCAGGCUCGCGGCAGUUCCGCGAAGGGUGGGAAGCCCGCACGCCUAAGACGGCCGAGGAGCUCGAGACGGCCUUCCGGGCCAGCCCCGCGUACCAGCGGUUGUUGGAUGACGUGAAGGAGUUCGAGCAGCACCUCAUGACGACGGGCCACGCGGACGCGAAGACGUUCAAGGAGUCGGUACAGGAGCAGAAGUCGAAGCGGGUGCUCGCAGGGUCCAACUACACGAUCCCGUUCUGGAAGCAGGUGCUGGCGUGCUCGCGGCGUGAGUUGUGGCUGAUCUGGGGCAACCCGACGGAGCUAUACUCCAAGUACUUCACCAUCAUUAGCAACGGUCUCAUCGUCGGCUCGCUCUUCUACAACUCACCUGCGUCUACGGAUGGCAGCUUCCUGCGUGGUGGUGCCGUCUUCUUCGCCGUCAUCUUCCUCGGGUGGCUACAGCUGGCCGAGCUGAUGAAGGCCGUGUCUGGACGCGACAUCGUGGCCCGUCACCGGGAGUACGCCUUCUACCGCCCCAGCGCGGUCACCCUCGCUCGCGCCCUCGUCGAUCUGCCGGUCCUGAUCAUGCAGGUCAUCAUCUUCGGUAUCCUCCUCUUCUUCAUGACCGGUCUCGACCUGCACCCGGGCAAGUUCUUCAUCCAACUGCUUUUCAUGUACGCGACAACGUUCUGCAUCACGGCUAUGUACCGUAUGUUGGCGGCCAUGUCACCGACCAUGGAUGAUGCGGUGCGCUUCUCGGGCAUGGCGCUGAAUCUGCUGGCCAUCUUCACCGGCUACGUCAUCUCCAAGCCGGUGUUGCUGUCGCAAAAGAUCUGGUUUGGCUGGAUCGCGCACAUUAACCCGCUCAGUUACUCCUUCGAAGCCGUCCUGUCCAACGAGUUCCACGCCCGCACGAUGGAGUGUGCCCCCUCUCAGUUGGUCCCCCAGGGCCCCGGCAUUCUCCCCGAGAACCAGGGCUGUGCCAUUGGCGGGGCGCACCUUGGCAACACCAGCGUUCUCGGCGAUGACUACUUGGCCGUCCAGUUCGACUACUCCCGCGCUCACCUGUGGCGCAACUUCGGUGUGGUCAUCGCUUUCGCCGUGCUGUACCUCAUCGUCACGGCGCUCGCGACCGAACUGAUGUCGUUCACUGGCGGCGGUGGUGGUGCGCUGGUCUUCAAGCGGUCCAAGAGGACGGCCAACAAGACCAAGACCGCGGCACCCGCAGACGAGGAGUCUGGUAACAUUUCAGGAGGUUCCUCCUCGACGGAGGUCCCCUCGGGCGCCUCGGACAGCGCAUUCCGCAGCAUCACAGGUAGUGAGCGGAUCUUCACCUGGGAAAACGUCGAAUACACAGUGCCCACAGCAGACGGACCGAAGAAGCUGCUCAAUGGUGUCAACGGCUAUGCUAAGCCUGGUGUGAUGGUCGCGCUGAUGGGUGCGUCCGGUGCCGGCAAGACGACGCUUCUCAACACCCUCUCGCAGCGGCAGACCGUGGGCGUGGUCAGCGGCGACAUGUUGGUGGACGGCAGUGCUCUCGGUAAUGACUUCCAGCGCAGCACUGGCUUCGUCGAGCAGAUGGACCUGCACGAGGAAUCCGCGACGGUGCGUGAGGCCAUCGAGUUCUCGGCGCUGCUGCGGCAAAACCGCGACAUCCCGAAGCAGGAGAAGCUGGACUACGUCGACAAGGUCAUCGACCUGCUGGAGCUGAAUGAGAUCCAGGACGCCAUCAUCAGCUCGCUCGGCGUUGAGCACAAGAAGCGCCUGACCAUCGGUGUCGAGCUGGCUGCGCGCCCGGCCCUUCUCCUCUUCCUCGACGAGCCUACCUCGGGUCUCGAUGCCCAGUCCGCCAUGUCCAUCGUGCGCUUCCUGCGCAAGUUGUGCGCCGCCGGCCAGGCCAUCAUCUGCACCAUUCAUCAGCCCUCGUCCGACCUGAUCCAGGAGUUCGACAAGAUCCUGGCCCUCAACCCCGGUGGUAACACCAUCUACUUCGGCCCUGUCGGCCCCGAUGGUAGUGCUGUUGUCAAGUACUUUGCCGACCGCGGCGUGCACUGCCCGCCGGGCCGCAACGUCGCCGAGUUCCUUCUCGAGACCGCCAUCAAGGGCGGCCGCCGACCCAACGGGAAACGCAUCAACUGGUCCGACGAGUGGCGCACCUCGCCCGAGAAUGAGGCGGUCAUCGCCGAGAUCCAGGAGCUCAAGGCUGAGCGGGCCAAGGCUGUGAGCGCUUCUUCUCAGACUCAGACCGCGGCUCAGAGCGCUGCGGUCCAUCACGAGUUUGCGGCCCCGGUCUGGCAGCAGAUUUUGUUGCUCAGCAAGCGCAUGUUUGUCCGCCAGUGGCGCGAGCCCUCGUACGUGUACGGCCGUCUGUUCACGGCUGUGGUGAUCGGCAUCUUCAACGGGUUCACGUUCUGGCGGCUGGGUAAUUCGGUUGCCGACCUGCAGAACGCCAUGUUCACGAGCUUCUUGAUCAUCAUGAUCCCCGCCACCGUCAUGAACGCCGUUCUGCCCAAGUUCUUCGGCAACUUCGCCUUGUGGAUGGCCCGUGAGCACCCGUCGCGCAUCUACGGUUGGGUCGCCUUCUGCACCGCCGAGGUCGUCUCCGAGAUCCCCGGCUCCCUGCUUGCCGGCGCCCUGUACUGGAUCCUGUGGUACCUGCCAACCGGUCUGCCCCGCGAGGGGCCCUCCGCUGGCUACGUCUUCCUCAUGACCCUGCUUUUCUUCCUGUUCCAGUCCAGCUGGGGCCAAUGGAUCUGUGCCUGGGCGCCCAGCUUUACCGUCAUCAGCAACAUCCUGCCGUGCUUCCUGGUUAUUUUCUGCUUGUUCAACGGUGUUGUCGUGCCGUACUCCCAGCUCAACGUCUUCUGGAAGUACUGGCUCUACUGGCUCAACCCCUCCUCGUACUGGGUCUCCGGCGUCCUGUCCGCCACUCUCGCCGGUCGCGCCGUCCACUGCGCCCCCGGUGAGGGCGCCUACUUCAACCCCCCCUCCGGCCAGACCUGCGCCGACUUCGCCCGCGACUUUGUCCGCGCUGCCGGCCGUGGCUACAUCAUGAACCCCGACGACACAUCCAACUGUGGAUAUUGCCCCUACAAGGACGGCUCCGAGUACAUCCAGGUGCUUGGUGUCUCCCCCGAUACCAAGUGGCGCAACUUUGGCAUCUUCCUUGUGUUUUGCGUCACCAACUGGAUGUUGGUCUACUUCUUCAUCUACACCGUCCGCAUCAAGGGCAUGAGCUUCGGUUUCGGCCCCCUGUUUGGUCUGUUUGACAAGGUGAUUGCCGGUGUCAAGGGGUUGUUCAAGAGCAAGAAGGUGGAUGAGAAGACCGCUGCAUAG